UGCUCUCAGCUAUAACAUGUCAGGGCAUGUAUGGGUCACAGGACAGAAAGCUAAUUUCAAAAUGUAACACAUCUGGGCUAGAAUUUAUAUAGAGUACUAGAGGCACGCAAUGCUGUCAUGAGAUAACGUAUAUUUAGCUGAAGUCCCAUCUUUUUCAGCUAUGAGCGUGGUGUCAUCAUCAUAUCGAUGAUUGCUGAUGUUUCUUUCACCAACAUUCUAACCUCUAUUAUCCUUCUCCAGCCUUGCGUCUCUCAUCAUGUUCAGGAUAGAGGUUGAAUAAGUAUGGUGCUGUUUACAUCAAGAUGGAAUGAAGAAUGGAAGAGGAAUCCUCAAGCACAUCACAGAGAAGUCAACUGAAAGUCCCACAGUCACCCAGCAAUGAUAAUUACCACUCAGAUAGAAGCACAAAAAAGACAAGCCCAGAUUGGUGUUUCUCUGAAAACAGAUGGUCUCCGCUACUUUAUUCAGAAGAGGACUGCGAGUACGAUCUCCUGAAUGAGACUGAGACCACAUCCUAUUGUGAGAGAUUAUCUGAUCAGCAGAUGAUGCUUUUAGAUUCAUCUUCUUCCCCUAAUAGAAGUUACCAAGUACUGGUGAACUGCCUAACAUCUAUGCCUGAAUCUGAAGAAAGUGAAAUAGCCUACACCUCCCACACUGUGCUGCGGCAGACCAGUAGGAGCUCCUCAUCAAGCAGUGCCAAAUCUGAAGAGAGUGAAAUAGCCUACACCUCGCAGACCGUGCUACUGCAGAUCAGUAGCAGUUCCUCUUCAAGCAGUUCCGCUGAAAACGCAAUUGAUUAUGGCCCUGCAGAUGACCUAGAGAAGCAAGAAAUGGGCUGUGGUGCCUGGACAGAGAUUACCUCCACUUCCAGCACUGAAUGGAAAAGUAGCUGUAGUGAUUCUCAGUCUGCUGAAAAUGCCGGGAAGAUGCAAUGUACACUUAUACCACCAUAUCACCAGGUUUAUGCGGAUGGUCCCAGCUUGACUUAUGAAUAUGCAAAUAGCAGCCAGGAUGUGAUACAAGCUGUGCAAAACAUCAGGAUCCCAGUUGAAAUAAAACAAUGGGCAGUUGAAUAUCUCAACCAGGUGGAUGUCAACACAGGUAAUCCAGUGACGGAAAAAAAAAAAAGAAGACUACAAUGACUGAACACUACUGGAUCCAGCUAUAAUCCCAUAAACUACUGGACAUCAUCACUACCUAUAAAGUGCAAGCUACAAAACAUCUGUGAUCUGAAAGGCUGUGUAGCUUUCUGCCCUAGGCUUGACAUUUCAGCGCUUUUUGCUUUGCACACACCUCUUAAUGGAAAUUUAAGACAUACCUGACAAUAUGCAAUAUAAAAGGUAGAAGUAAGAGUAUUUAUUGCAUGUUUACAUGACUUUACAAACAGAUGGCAAAGCUUAGGAAUGCCAUUUUCCACCUACCUCUUAUUAGAGGAUUAAAACUAUAUAUACAUCA